CUGACUCAGCUGUCGCAUUUUCUCUGCACGUUGAAUAGAGCUGCAUCAAAUUAUCAAGCUUUCAGGGUUGUUGUUGAUCAAAUCUUGUAGCGCGGAAUAAGCUACGCUUAAUAUCGUCAUGGCUGAUACUUUCAAGGCUCUUUUAGGUGAGACUCUCGUUGGGACGGACAAAGGGAUCGAGGCUAUCUGUGGCGAAGGCAAGACGGUCGGCAUCUAUUUCUCGGCGCACUGGUGUCCGCCAUGCCGUGGAUUUACACCCAAAUUGGCAGAAUUCUACAAGAAGCUUCACACCGAGAAAAACUUCGAAAUAGUUUUCGUGAGUUCGGACAAGUCAGAGGACGAAUUCCAGAAGUACCACAAAGAAAUGCCAUGGUUAGCUUUGCCGUUCGCCGAUCGUAAUCGAAAGAACAAACUUUCAAAGAAGUUCAAGGUUUCAGGAAUUCCAACACUGGUCCUUUUAGAUGGAAAGGAUGGCAAAGUAAUAACAAAGGAUGCCCGUAGUAAACUCUUGGAGGACUCAGCUGGUGAAGACUUUCCAUGGCGACCCAAAGGAAUCGCUGACGUAAUGAAAGGUGUAAAACUGGUGAACAAUAAACAAGAAGAAAAAUCUUUUGAAGAUCUGGCUGGAAAGGUCAUCGGAUUUUACUUUUCUGCUCACUGGUGCCCACCUUGCAGAGGCUUUACGCCAAAGUUGAUAGAGACCUACAGCAAAAUAAAAGACCAAGGCAAGCCUUUUGAAAUCAUUUUUGUGAGUUCAGACCGUACAGAUGACAGCUUCAAUGAAUACUUCAAAGACAUGCCAUGGCUUGCUGUACCAUUUGGAGAUCCGACGAUGAAAACUACUCUGUCCUCUCAUUUUGGUGUCCAAGGUAUUCCUACCUUGAUCAUUGUGGAUGAGAACUACAAAAUCUUAAGUUCAAAUGGCCGAGGCCUUGUCUCAAAUGACUCAGAUGGAGAAAAUUUUCCAUGGAAACCCAAGCCUUUAAAUUGUCUGGAUGAAAUGACAGUUAGCACUGUGAAUGAUGAGGCAUGCCUGAUUUAUUUCACAGAUGGUGAUGAUGCAUCUAUCAGUGAUGCUCAGCAAAUCAUCCACCCUGUGGCUGAACACUACUUCAAAAUGGCAGAUCCACCUUUGCAGUUCUUCUACACCAAAGGAGAUGAAGUCUCUGACAGCUUGCGUGAGUUUGGCCAGUUUCCUGAGGACGAUAAUCUACUGGCGAUACUUGAUGUCCCAAAUCAAAUGCAUUACGUCUCAGAGGAGACUGAAUUGACCAGAGAGGCUGUGGAGAAGUUUGUGAAUGAUUUUGCCAAUGAUAAACUGGAAGGGAAGACACUAAAAGGCUGAAUUACUAUGACAUUUUAAUAGUAGUGUUAUUUUUCAUUUGACUGUCGGAAAUAAUUCUGUUUGAUUUUCUUCGGUUUAUGUUUUAUCAACCCUGAAUUUGAUUCAGAAAACUCGGGUGCAAUGUUCUGACCAGUUAGAAGCAAAACUACUGUUUUAACUAAGUUGCCAACAAUGUGUUCACUUGAAUUACGUGCAUGCACACUGUAUGCAUGUACCUUUUGAUGUAACUGCCCAUGUUACAUGGUUUUUGCCACAAAUUCUUGUUAGCUUGUUGUGCUUUUUGGGGCUGUUGUGACAGGCUAUAGCAAUGGCAAAUAAAUACAACAUUAGUUUAAUUUGUCCUUAGUCAAAUUCCAAAGAUUGUUUUUUAAUAAACAACUACAGAGAGCAGCAGAAUUAUUUUCAGCUUUCUUGGAGUUAUUUCAGCACAGUCAUUUGAAAACCACAUUUCUGUCAAUUUGCAUUUUAAUGUCAAUUUUGUUAGCCAUUGUAAUGUGUUAACGUAUGCCUGUAAGGCAAUGAGUCUGUAACUGUAAAAUAAAGUAAUUUAUUAACUGCACAUUUGUCUUGGCAAUGAGAAAUUAGGAAUAAAUGGUUAAAAUUAAGGUAACACUAAUAAUAAUGAUAAUUCUAUGUAUUUGCACUGACUGUUGACAGCAGUCAUAAUUAUUUGUUAGUGACAAAAUAUAAUUGAUAUUAUUGUUUUCUAUUCACACAACGAAAUAUUACAUGUACUGAUUAUGGUUGCAGUCAGUGACCAAGUGUGUUAAAAUAAGCUCUGAUAGUUUAAUAAGCAAAAAUUGUGUGGUAGGAAAAACAGUAUUGUCAUCAAACAUUUUGUCCUUUUUCCAAGACGAAAAGAUAGGUCCGCAAAGCUUACACGGAAGUUGACAGACUUUCCAAAGUAACUAUUUUCCUAUAGUCUAUUUUAUGCUCAUGGCAAUGGCUAGUGUGUUUCUAAAUCGCUAAAAUAAUAAACCUGGUGUGAAGUUUUGACAUUAAAGGUUUGUUCAGUAGCUGAA